AUGCCGCUUGCGAGCGAGGAAGCUGUGGCAAAAGCCUACAACGCGUGUGCCAAGGAAUAUGACGAGGUCAUGAUUGCGGAAGUGAAGACGCCUUCGUACGAGCAACAGCUGGCCCAAUUUACAGACGCCGUGGCCCAAGUGAUGUGCGAUCGCCCCGCCCCGGACAUGGAGCGUGGGCGCUCGUCUUGGUGGGUGCUUGACAUGGCAUGCGGCAGCGGCAACAUGCUGGAGAUUGUGGAUGCCAAGCUCUCACAGCACACCGGCGACGAUACGCAACGUCAGGCCACAGCUACAGCAGAGCAAAUGGCGCAGGAGCAGGGUGCCCGCAAACCAAGGCUGCUUGGCAUUGAUGUGUCUGCGGAGAUGGUGGCCAUUGCCAAGACGCGACUGGAGCCGGUCGGACACGAUGCACAGCAGGGUACAAUGCUGUCACUGCCCACAAUUGACGACGGCACGUGUGCGGGCAUGAUCUGCUACUUUGCGCUGCACCACCUGGACGAAACACAGGUGAAGGCGGCGUUUUGUGAAUGGGCGCGCGUGCUGGCACCAGGCGCACCGCUGCUGCUCGGCUACUGGGUUGGCGAUGGCAAGCCUUACUUUGAGGAGGGCUUGCAAGUGGACAUUGUCAACCACAGGAGCGACGUCAUCGACAAGCUCUUGCUUGACGCCGGCUUCGCCAUCGAUCCAGAGAACGUGACGCAGCAAGAGUUCGAGUCAAUGGGUCUUUCUGCUCACUACACCAUGGCAACGCGCAAGGCUGGCCAGUGA